AUGUCCCCCAUCUUUCCAGACCUCAAACUUGUAAGCUAUAUUGAAAACAUCCCAUCAAAAAAACCAAGAUUAUCUGCACUUUGGAUUUGGAUGAAAACCAACUCAGAACUUGUCUUGAGAAGGAUUUCAACAUGGGCUUCAAAGGAUAAACUGAGUUCAAAGGCAACAGACAUUAAAACAUCUGGUAUCAAUACCCAGACCCAGACUUCCAUGAAUAGUGUUGACUCAAAUCCUGGAAUGUUGAAAAAAGUAUCAGCUAAAGUAUCAGACCUGAAACACUCAAUUUACUUUCCGCAGAUACCACCAAUCCAGAAAGGGGUAUAUUCACUUUGGGGUUGGAUUAAAAAAACACCAGAUCCCAUAUUGAGAAGAGCAAAAUAUUUUUGGGAUAAAAGAAGCAGUGGAGAAAAUGUCAAGGAGGUUUAUGAUGAUGAAGUGAUGCAGGGUAAAGUCUUUGAAGUCACCAAAGGAUGUGAAGAAACUCCAGUGGGUGGAGUAGCAAUAAAACCUCUGGAAGAUUUGGGUGGUAGCUCUGAAAGUGAAAGAAUGGAAGAUGUUGUCCAGGACAAGUACCAUGAUUUAUCUUCAAAUUUGAAAUCAAAAUCAAAGGCUGAUGUCAAGAAACUAGCUCAUUCAGCAACACAUCAAAAUAGUGCUGCAUCACAAUCCAAUUGCAUCCCUGGAGAAAAGAAGCAAAUCAGUGAAAGUGACAGGGAGGCUGCACAAUAUUACUCAAGCAUUCUAAGAUUGAGCAACAAAAAGAAGUUUUUACCAAUUGAGGUGACUGAGGAGGAAUAUCAACACAUCAAGCCUUCACCAAUGAAUGAAGAAAUCUUGGAUUUCAUGAAAGAUAACUCAAGUUUGAGUGAUGCUGAAUUUGAAAGGAGAGCAACUGCCAUGUAUUGUCAGAUCAAUCAAUUCAAGAUUUUAGAGAUGAUGAAUGACCAAGGAGGAUUGAUACCACAGAGAAUAAAGAUACACUUAUUAUCAUUUCAAGCUGAUAUACCUUGGGGCAACUUUUCACAAAUAUGA